AUGGCCUGCUUCGCGGGCCCCCACUGCCCGACGCCCGCGCCGACGACGCCCGCGCCGUCCAUCGCGCCCGUCUUCCUCAACAACCAGUGCCUGGUGGACACGGAGGAGUGCUUCAUGAGCUGCGACGGCGCGUACCGGAGCUGCGACGUCCUCGAGCAGAAGUGCGAAUGCGACGAGGACCACCCGUGCUUCUGCGGCGACGGCAACUGCCACGCGGCGAGCUCCUGCCCGAGCUUCACGCUCCCGACCUUCGCGCCGGCCGUCGCGUCGCGGAAUUGCCAGGCGGACGCGCGGACGUGCUCGCUGCUCAGCGGCUGCGACGGCGAGCAUUCGACGUGCGACUACCUCGCCGGCGUCUGCGUCGGCGAGGACGGCUUCGACUGCUACUGCGGCGACGGCGACUACUACGACCUCAGCGCGUGCCCCUACGACACGCCGUGGCCGACGCCCGUGCCGGAGACGUGCGCCGAGGCGCCGGGCGAGACGUGCAUGCUCUACUGCGGGUCGGCGACGGAGGAGGACCACUACUCCUGCGAGGACUCGCGCUGCGUCUGCGACGCGGGCUAUCCGUGCUUCUGCGGCGAGGAUUUUGGUUGUUUCGCGGAGACGUGCGGCCGGACGUCGCCGCCGACGUCGUCCGUCGACUACAGCGCGCACAGCUCGGAGACGGCCGUGACCAUGGGCCACACGAACGUCGGCGGCAUGAUCCUGGCGGCCAUCGGCUGCCUGUCGCUGUGCUGCUGCUGCGGCACGUGCAGCCAGAUGUGCUUCCGGACGGUCCGCAAGUCGAUGACGAAGAAGAAGCAAAAAAAGGCCCAUCUGGGGUUCUGGCUGUCCUUCAACCUGGCGACCUUGUUGUGCGUGACCUGCGCCGCCAUGUACCCCUCGGAGCCCGAGGUCUGGUUCGGCGCGUCGGAGAUCUGGCUCGAGGACGUGUCCGUCUGGGACGCGCAGAUGACGGUCGCGGGCUACCUCGACGUCACGCUCAUCGACCACAACUUCCUCUGGAGCGUCUACUUCUCCGACGGUCUCGAGUUCUCCGUGGAGACCGUCGACGGCUACGAGCUCGGCAUCGUCGUCGUCGACCCCUUCAAGAUCGACCCGGGCGACGAGAAGAAGAUCCGCGUCGAGGUCAUCGCGAAGCACGAGUCGUCGUGGGACGGCGCGUCGUCGCUCUGGGACCUGGGCAUGUCGUGCUUCGACGACGCGGGCGAGAUCGACAUCGUCGUGCGGGGGAACAUCCACGCGGACAUCGGUUUUUAUUCGUACGACAACAUCGGCGACCUCGACAACAUGGUCGUGCCCGUCGGGUGCUUCUCCGACGACGACGGCGACGACGACUUCUACAUCGUCUACGAGCCCGAGGACACGCUGCUCGGGAACAUGAACGGCGGCGAGGUCGUCGCGCUCUUCGGGGCGCUGGCUUACGUGCUGCUCCUCGUCGUCUACUGCUACGUGAAGCGCGUCGUCAUGGUCGCGCGGGGCGCGGACGACGAGCCCGAGCUCGGCGGCGCGGACGGCUUCGCCGGCGGCCGCGGGUCGACGUUCGGGGCCGAAUCGCCCAUGGCGAAGGCGCGGGCGCGCGGCGCGCAGGACUACAACGUCGGCGAGGACGCGGGCUUCGACGCGCGCGGGAGCGUCGUCGGCGGCAGCAACCCCAUGGGCGCGAAUCGCGCGCGGGACAGCGAGUCCUACAACGUCAGCAAAGCCGCGGGCUACGGCAAGAGCGAGUCGACGGUCGCCGGCGCGAACCCGAUGGCGGGCGUGAAGAUGCGCGCCGAGGCCCAGCUCCAGGGCGGCGCGGGCGUCAGCGGCGCCGCGGGCUACGGCGAGCGCGACUCGAGCUUCGCGGGGAACAAUCCCAUGGCGGGCUACGAGAUGUCCGAAGCGCGGGGGUUCCAACGGAGCGACUCCGCGCUCGAGGGCGUCAACCCCAUGAGCGCGACGCACAGCAAGCAGAAGCACGCGUUCAAGAUGAGCCAGUCGAAGGACUACCCGCGGAAGAGCCGGGGCGGCGGCGACGACGACGACUUCGGGGGCUUCGACGACAUGCCUUGCUUUGAACGCGAGCCCGGCGGUACCCCUUCGAAGAUGAGCGUCCACCUCGAGAAGCUCAUGGGCCCGGUGACGCGGAGCGCCGAGGAGCUCGAGCGCCUGCGGCGCCUCGAGUUCGAGAUCCCGCCGCGCUACGCCGACGGGCGGCCGAACCGGCUGCUGCGCUGCGGCCCCGACUCGUGGCACUGGAUGCGCCGGGGCAGCGACGACGAGACCUUCCGCUACGUCCGGGUCUCCAGCGGCUGGCACCGGCCCGACGACCCGCGCGCGCAGCUCGACGCGGAGACGAGGAAGCACGCGCUCUGCGACUUCGCGCGCUUCGAGGGCGAGCGCUUCGUCGGCGGCAUCUGCCACGCGCUCGAGACCUUCCGGAGCGUGCGCGACCGCCUGUCGCUGCCGCCGAGCAGCGACUACCGCCUGUCGGAGACGGACGCGUGCUACCUCCUCCGCGCGUGCGCCGUCACCGCGCACGACUGCUGCGCGCGGACCGCGACGAAGGUCGUCGCCGACAUCGGCGGCGAGCUCUUCACGAUCGUCGAGCUGGCGCGGCCGACGAUCGCCGACGCGCUCUUCGAGACCGUGCGCGCGGCGCGGCGCCUCGCCGCGCGCCUCGAGCUGCCGCUCGACGACAUCCUGCUCGGCGCGAUCGUCGGCGCGGACCGCGUCGAGAGCCCGGGGAGGGCGCCCGCCGCGGAGCGGCCGAGCGCCUCGUCCCUCGCCUCCGCGGCGCCCGCGCCCGCGGCCGCGGCGCCGUCCGCGGCGUCCGCGGCGCCGCUAUCGGACCGCGCGCGGCCGCCGUCGGCCGUGCCGCCGCCGGACCCCUCGGCGCCGCCGUCGCCGGCGCCCCUCUUCCGCCUCGACGGCGACGGCACGGUCCACUCGGGCGAGGACGACGACCUCGGGCGCCUGCGGCCGACGACGCCGCAGCUCGCGCAGCGGCCGCCGCCGUCCGCGGGCCUCUCCGUGAGCCCCUUCCUCGCGCUCCGCGUGGACCCGGCGGUCCACGAGCGCUGCGCCGCCGCCGUCGAGAACCUGCUCUACUGCCUCCUCACGCUCGACGACGUGCUCCAGCUCGGCCCGCCGGAGACGCCGGCGGAGGCCAUCGAGAACACGGAGCGGCUGAGCCUCGGGCGCGACUACCAGCGCGCCAUGGCGGCCCAGCGCGCCGACGCCCAGGCGACGGCGCGGCCCCACACGCCCGUGCUCAGUACGAACCUUCGGGAGACCGCGGCGCUCUUCGACGCGGACGCGCGCGAGGCCUACGUGAACAAGGUCGAGACGGACUGGUGGCUCGAGGCGCGCGACGAGCAGUCGACGGCGAGCGGCAUGAACUCGACGCUGCCCGACGAGUCCAGCGUCGUGUCCAAGGAGACGCUCCGGGACCUCGUCCAGGCCGCGACGGGCGACGUCGUCGAGGCCGUCGCCGCCGCGCCCGCGCCCGCGGAGGACGCCGCCCCCGGCGCCGCCGCGGGGGGGCUCAUCCCGAUGCAGUAA